AUGGCAGGAGAGAAUGAAGGAGACGAACAAACCAAGUUCAAGGAAAUACAAGAUCCAAGCUCCAGCACCGUCUCUGAGUUCAAGUUAAAUCCAUAUGCGCCUCCGUUCGUCCCUCUUUCUAUCAUCCAGAUGCCAAAUCCCAACUACUUCUGCCAAUAUCUCCAAUUUGUCCAUGGCGGCCGAGGCGGAAUGGGAACAAAUUUUAUCUACUUUGAAGAUCAGAAGCCCAUGAGUUUUGUCCCUGAUUCAAAUAUCAAGUAUCCUGAUCUGAACAAGAACACUACAGAUCUGAUUCAGAAGAUCGUGAAGCAGGUUGAAUACCAAUUCAGUGAUGCAAAUUUGAUUUUUAGCGAUUUACUUGUGAAGAUUAUUAACAAAGAUCCUGAAGGAUAUGUUCCAAUGUCUGUUAUUGCCUCUUGGAAGAAGAUAAAAAAUCUCGGGGUUAACAAUCAGAUGCUUGUUAAAGCUCUUAGAACAUCAUUACAACUUGAGGUAAAUGAAGAUGGAAAGAAAGUUAGGCGAAAGAAGCUCUUUACAGAGAGAGCCAAAGAGGAGCAGAUGUCGCGCACUGUUGUAGUUGAAAAUUUACCAGAGGAUUCCUCACACCAAAACAUCGAGAAGUUAUUCAGCGUAGUUGGAAGUGUUAAGAAUAUCAGAAUAUGUCAUCCUCAAGAGCCUAAUUCAACUAGGCCUUCAAAGACUGACGUUAUAAUUAGUAACAAGUUGCAUGCAUUUGUGGAGUUUGAGACAAUUGUUCAAGCAGAUAAGGCCGUAGAGAAGCUAAAUGAUGAGAGCAAUUGGAGGAAAGGUCUGCUUGUGAGAUCAUUGCUUAAAUGCACGCCAAGAUCAGUAAUCAGAGGCAAAAUGUUGGACUAUGAUCAUUUUGACUUGAACUCGGAGGAUGAUCAGUCUCCCCUCUCUCAAAAAUUAGAAUCUCCCAAAAUUGAACAAGUACUUCAACAGGAUGUUGGUGAAAAUCAAAAUGGUGCAAAGAAAGCAUGUGGAAGGGGACAAGGGAAACAAACUGGCCAGGUUCAAAAUAACAACGGUCGCGGUGUUUUAUCCAAAACUCCACAAGAAACACAAAAGAUUGGGAAUGGACUGUGUGAGAACAAUAUCAAGCAAACUUCUCCUGGACCAAGGAUGCCCGAUGGAACUCGGGGAUUCACUAUGGGCAGAGGAAAGCCAUUAAAAUCACUGACGACCACAACUGAUCUUUCUCUCAUCAAUCUUUGA